AUGAACCCUAAAGUUGCAGAUUUUGGGACUGCGAGGUUGUUCGACACUGAUGAAACUCGAGCUGAAACAAGACGAAUAGCUGGUACCCGCGGAUAUAUGGCUCCGGAAUACCUGAACCACGGGCAAAUCUCCGCUAAAUCCGACGUUUUCAGCUUUGGUGUUAUGCUUCUAGAGAUGAUAAGUGGUGAAAGAAACAAUAGCUUUGAAGGAGAAGGACUUGCAGCGUUUGCAUGGAAGAGAUGGGUUGAAGGAAAGCCUGAGAUGAUUGAUAGUUAG